UACGUGUUGUCCGUUAAUCAGCCGAUUAUAGAACCAGGAACAAUAAACCGUGUCGCUUUUAACUUGUAUUUCUUAAUAAAGGGCCACGGUCUUGAAUAUAAUAUGUAAUUGUGCGUAUUAUUAAUGACAUUAAUGAAAGAACCAUUCUCGCACGAGUUUUCUUUGUGCCGCGCAUGGCCCUAUUAUUUUAAUCGAUCGAGGAACGCCGAGCAGUGAUCGGUUGGCAAGUAGACUAUUUUAAAUUUUAAUGUAGUCUCCGUGCAACGAUCAUUUGAUAAAAUCAGCGUUGGUCUUCAAUAUUACAUUUGUGUUUAGUAUUUCGCUACUUGAUCUUUAAUUAUUCUAUAUGUGAAAAGAAAUUCGCCGUCGCUAAACGUUUUACUGACGCGAUAUUCAACAACGCACGCAUCGAUAGUUGAGCCUAACCAAAACAAGUUUGGUUUCCAAGGUAGCAAAUACAACACACUGAUCUUAUUCCAUGGGACAUCAUAAUACAUUUUUCAGUGAACAAUAAGUUGGCUUACUGCACGCACAUUCCACGAGCAGUCCGUUAUGGCGUCCAUAGUUUGCCGAGACAAAUGGAAAGCGGUGCGGGUGUGUGCGGCAGUUCUCAUCUUGGGAUUAUUGGUGUAUUGGCUUGUUCUGUACCUGUCACAACCAAAGGUUUCAACGACUGACAUUUUCAUUGACUGCGAAACAAACUUUACUUCCACGGAAGGAACAGUCUUUAUACCAGAAGAAUCGGUCCUUAAAAAAGCACGACUCCUAGACCUCAUCUGUCUUUAUCAAAGGUACAUCACGAACAUACAGACCGUCUGCCACCGGAAGGAGCGACUAGGCGGCCUGGGUCAUGGAGGCUGGGAUAUCUGCGUGGUCUCGGCCAACCCACUGACGACCCCCUGUCUCGUCUACUCAUUAGGCAUAAACUACAAUUUCAUGUUUGAUGACUCAAUUGCGACGAAGUAUGGAUGUGAAGUCCAUUCCUUUGAUCCGAAGAUGGGUUUAGGAGAACACGACCAUUCACUGCGAGUUCACUUCCACCCAGCCGCCAUCUCCAACGUGAACAAGGUGGACAGUCAGGGCAGACAGCUCUACACCCUGGAGGAAGCUCAAAAGAGACUUCAUCACCAACAGCGUACUAUUGACAUAAUGAAGAUGGACAUUGGCAGUGCAGAAUGGUCCGUUUUAGAACACAUUUCCAAAACAGCGACAUUUGGUUCUAUUAAACAGCUAGUGGUCGAGUUCCAUGACUUUGAAGUCAUCAACGGUGAGAAGAGAUUUGGACACGGCUCAAGGAACCAGUAUCUUCGACAACUGCAGAUUCUUAAACAACUUCACAAUGCUGGAUUCCGGAUAUUUUACACUGAAACAAAUGUAGCCUGUAAGUUCAGGUCGUAUUAUGGCCCUGAAUGGAGCAGUUGUCACAAGGUCUGUCUGCUUAAAGUGCAAGCAAAGCAAAAUGGAUUUUUGGUUGGAUGGUUGAAAUGAUGUGGUCAUGAUCAUGAUGCAAAAUGUUUAAAGUGACAAACCCAAACGAGGUGUGCAUUCCUUUUUGUUUGGAGAAAUUAUUUUCACUGGUGCCUCAAAACUGAAAUGUAAAACCCAACUUCAUGGUUACCAGUACGUACUUGUGGUCACUUGGGUGAUAUUUCCAGAACUGAUAUGUGCUCAGAGAAGCAUGCUUAGCAGAACAUGCAACUGCAGUUGCUUGCUAGACUGAUGUUUGCACAGAACAUUAUGCGAAUGUGAAGUGAUAGAAGAUGAUGGUACCAGUCAAAUUAUUCACAUUACUCUUGAAUAUGCCACUGAAUCCGAGCCGAUUUACUUUACAGUAAACAGUAAAAUUAGAUCUGUUUUUGUGUUGAGUUAUAAAAAUAAUUAUAGCAACUAUUUACAGUAUUGUGCUCAUUUUUAAAGAAAUAAUAUUGAUGUUUGAGAUGUUUGAGCUGGACAACAAAACUCAUUAGCACUUGGUAAAUUUGGAAAGAAAAUCUUUUCUAUAUGCUAAUUUCAGUUAACAACUGAACAGUGAACCAGUUUUGAACAUUAUUAUUUUUACUUUUUGUCAAAUUAGUGAAGAAAUGUAUUUGUCAAAUAAAAUUUUAAUUCACUUUUGUCGAUCUGAUGAACAGCAAUUUAAAUGCUGUUUUUAUAUUUGUAUUUCAUGUUUCUCAAACUAAGUUUUUUUUCUUCAUAAAAGUGUUUUUUUUCUCCCAUAAGUGCUUGAAACUGUACCAUGUACACUUCGAUAUGCAAGUGGUGGAAUGAACCAAAAUCUCAAAUGCCUUUUAGCCUGUCAUAUACUCAUUUAUACUUACUUCAUCUUUUUAAUGGCUAAGCCAAUAAGGAACUGCAAUAAUUCAGUUUGGUUAACUAUACAUGAGAAAAUGUGGCUUCGCGAUUGUAUUAAAAUUCAACAUGUCUUGCAUUUGUCACUGCUACCUCAGAUAAGAAUAACUCAGUAUUUGUCGUAGGCAUGGUUAUUAAAGUGUAAAACACUUGAGAGUGAGAGUGAUUGGGACUCUGUGCAGAGGCGCCUGUCAGUUCACAUAUUAAUAAUUACGUUGGAAUUUAUUUCAUUCCUUAUAAACAUUAUCAUUAGUUAAAUUUGAAUAAUGUAACAAAAAUCUGUUUUCUUCUAUUUUAAAAAAUAAUAGUUCAAUAUAUUCUCUGAAAUGAACUUUAACUCAAUGUGUGAUAAACGUGAAGAGGCAUGUGUAACACCUAUUCGAGUGCUUUACAAAGUGAAACGUUUGUGCACUCUAACCAUACUGCAUUUCAAUUUUUUAACAAAACAUGAAAGGAGACUUUGUUUGCUAAAUGAAUUGUAUUGCCAUGUACGACAUUUGGGUAACUAGUGUUCCCUUGUGGAUUAACAAUCAUACAGAUGUUUUCUUACUAUUUUAUUAUUUAUUGUAUUAGUAACAUAUAUUUACUUAUUGCUGUACCUCUCCGUAUAUAAUAAAGUGAAAGAAAUUG